UUAUCUUGAUGCCCUCUGGUCUCAAUCCCCUCAUCCCUCCAUCUUUUCAUUUUCUAUCCCUCGCUCUCUCAGGAACCCCUUAUAUACUGACCAGCGGGGAGAUCAGAGAGAGAUCAUGCUGUCUGUUCUGGCAUUGACGUCCGUGGUGCUCUUGGGCAUAGCCUCUCAGUGCACAGCUAUAUCUGUGUACACGAACUGGGAGAAACAUGUGCAGGUGGGAUCAGAUGUCCGACUCUCCUGCUCUUUCUUCUCCUGGCACUGGACCUCUGCAGAGGUGACCUUCUCCUGGAGCUACCGUCCAGAUGGGGCUAAAGAAAGCGUCUCAAUUUUCCACUACACAAACGGUGCUCCCUAUAUUGCUACCAAAGGCCCGUUCCGGGACCGCCUUGAGUUUGUGGGGAACCCCAAUCGGCGUGAUGGUUCUAUUAUGAUCCGGAACGUUGACUACAAUGACAAUGGAACCUUCACCUGUGAUGCCAAGAACCCACCUGACAUAAUGGGCCAUCCGUCCAACGUUCGACUGCUAGUGUUUGAGAAAGUUCCUGUUCAGGCCGGCGUGAUAACAGGGGCCAUAAUUGGUGUAGUGUUGGGACUGCUGAUCCUGGUUGUGGCAAUUUACUAUCUGAUGCGUUUCCUGGUCGCAAGACGAGUGUUCAGCUUGAGCAUGAGCAGACAUGGCAAGAAAGGCAAAGGAAAGGAAGGAUCACAGCAAAGACAGGCCGGCCCCUCAAAGUAGCCCCCUGCACUCUUCAUUUACUGAGAGCUAAUUUACCACUAGUAAUUUUAGCCAUUGAAUCACACACAUGCUCUUUCUCACCUUCAACACAAGUUCAUUAUCCGUCCAAUGAAGUUGCUCCAUCCUUCCACAAACACGAACUAACAUUCAUGUUCGAUCUCACGUAUCCCAUCAUGCACUUUCACAGCCUUCCCAAGAAUCCAAAGCCGCGGAAGUGGUUUGUUUUGGUUUUAAUGCUCAUUUAAAGAGUGUUAGCGUGUCUGUUUGUGUGUGUUCGCUCUGAUCGCAGUGACUGAAAUCCAGAGAAUGACGUCGAUACUGUUGGCAGAGAGACAUACAAAAACGCAUCCAGAGUAACCGAACACUCAAAGCCAAAUUCUCAUGUCUGUCUGCAUAAGGUGUUGUCUGACAAACAGACGAUUAUUUUUACACUUGUAAUUGGAGAACGCUCUCUCUUCCCCCUCUGUCUUUUUAUACGGUCGUCACAUGAUGGACAGACGGACACAUAGGGCUCGGCCACCCCAUAAGCCCCAUCACAAAUCAUAGUUUGACUUCACCUCCUUCUAAACCUCCUCUCUAACUUCGCAAACGCUCAUCCACCACAACUUCUUCUCAUUCCCUGUUUGUGCUGGUCAGAAAACCACAGUGUUCUCUCCUGCCCCUGCUGCCCACAGGAGAAAAUUUUCAUUCGGCCAUAUCGUCACGACAACGACAAAGGAAAUCUAGCUAGCUCUCUGCUGAUUUUGAAAGAUUUGUGUUUCUCCAUGCUUUUGCAUAUGUAUGUUUUUAUUAUCUGUCAACAUGUUAGGGGAACAAAAAAAGAAAUAAAACAAAAUACAUAAUUCUAGAAAUAUUCACAAUGUCAUUGCAGGUAAAUUUGCAAUGGCGAAGAUGUGCAGUAGCAUCCUGGUACUGUUUGUGUGUUGGAAGCAGAAAUGUAAUAUAAUUUAAUUAUGUUUAAUAAUAUUUCUGCACUUUCUGUUGACUGACGUGACAGGAAUCAUGUGGUUGUUUCUAUAAAGCAAUGGUUAUCAUCAGGGCAUUGGGAUGAUAAAGGAAGUUUUAAGAGAAAAACAAAUAGGAAGUGCAAUGAGAAACACUUGGACGGUAUUCAUAUUUGGAUAAAAUUCAGAGUCAAAGUCCAACAAACAUCACAAUCUCAUAGGAUAUGCCUUUCUUGCCAAGUCUUCAUGUUUAUACUUGUUCAGUGUGAGCCAGAGAUGGGCUCUCACCGGUUAGUCUUGGAAAUACUGUAGAAUCCCGAGGGCUUGUGGGAAAUAAUGUGUUUGUUAACCUACAGACAGAUGCUUUUUAUGCAUCUCAGAGUAAAUGUCGAACAGCCACAUGGUACCUGCCAUUAAACUGUGUUUAAAUAUUGAGGAAUUUUCACGUUGUAUGUAUUGUGCACCUGCAUUGGUGCAGGUCUGGGUAACCAUCCUCUCUUCAAACGUAAUGUAAAACUUCUAAUUCUUUUUUUUACGUUUAUUUUGACUUUAACCUGGCUAACGUUGGUUUUCUGUAUAAUGCCUUGUUGUAAAAAGAAAAUACUUUCAGAAGUAAUUUCAAAUAAUUUCAGAAAAAUGUCAAUAAAAAGCGGAAUCCCGUG